UUAAGAAAUAUUAGAAUAUUCCUUAAGGAAUAUUGAAUUCCAGUAUGAUGUGGUCACUCUCGACAAACGUUAUGGCAACUUUAAUUCCUUCUAUUGCUUCUCUAUUGGUAAGAAUUAGGUCCAGUAUAGUUUUUCCUCUAGUUCCUUCCUCUACCGUUUGGAUGACAAAGUUGUCAGCUAAAUUAGUUAGGAAUCUGUUCAAUCUCCUACUUGCUGUAGAGUUUGUCUCCCGGUUUCUUUCAGGACAGUUAAAGUCUUCCAUGACAACUUGAUGUUGCCCUCUUGAUAUAGUUUGUGAUCAACAUGUGUAUUGAAAAUGACAGAUGAAUAAAAUUACCAGUCUUUUUAUUUCCCUGUCUUGCCAAUAAGUAUGGUAUUUCCUGUCCCACCAUCCAUGUAUUAACCAGGUUCAAUUGUGCUUAAUCCAGCACUUCCUAAGAAAUAGCUAUUGAGGACCUUUUGGCAUUUUUGGUUGCACAGGUAGUCCUCACUUACCACUUCUUCCCUGAGCCUUCAAAAUUACUAUGGCACAGUAGAAGCAGACGUGCUUCUACUGGUCUACAAAAUUUGUGGUAAUCCUAGCACUUGUUCAGUGACCGCACGUCAGCAGUGACUGUGGUUUUGAAGGUGGAGGAAAAGAAGUUGCACCAGUUCAGGUUCUGCCAAUAGUGGCACAUUUAUGAUGCCUGCAACAUCCCACACUCAUGAUCCCCAUUUGUGACCUUCCCAGCUAGCUUCUGACCAGCAAAAUCAGUGGAUAUACUGGCAGGAAAUUGCAAGUCACGGUCAUAUGAAAUUGCGUUUAGCAACCCACAGUAAUUUGCUUAACAACUACAGAGGAACAGAUGUAAGUUGGUCCUGGCAUGUGAUAUCAUGCUUAAUGAUUGAGCUGCUUAGUGUUGCAGAUAUCAGUUCUAAUUGCAGUAGGUUAAGUAAGGACUACUUGAACAAGGAUGUCACCAGAGGGGUUCUGGACAGUAUUUUCUGCUAUAUAGUGGGUGAAUCUAUAUUCCUCUAUAUGCAUAUAUCUGCAGUUACAUAACCUAUCCCCAGUACUUCAAGAUAUAAUUGAUGAUAGUCCUUUCCAUUGCUAAGAAUUUGUUAUUGACCCCAAUCAACAACUGAAUUUGAAUGGAUAUUUGAACGUAGAUCUUGGUAGUCUUCCAUGUAUCAAAUGAAUCAUAAAUAAUUUCAGUGAUGAUUCUAGUAUUGGGGCAUGAUUGCUUUUUCAUUGUAAUAUAUACUUCUUUCAUUUUUCACAUCUCUAACCAUUUUAUAAACAAAGUUACCCUUUUCUUUGAAUCUUAUAGACAAACAGGAUGGCAAUAAGAGCACUCUGGACAACUGUCAAUAACAAGGAACGUUGAAUAGUGAAGAUAAUCAAUCCAGAAAUCAAAAUAUUUUCCAUUUCUUUCAGAAAAACACAGAAUUUUCCUCCUCCUCCUCCAACAGCUGUUAGACAGAAGAGAGAAAAUCAAGAAAGAAUAAGCAGAUUAUGCAGAAUUCAAGGAUACGUUACAUGAAAAGAUUCACUCCACAGAAAAACCCGGUGAGUGUCGAGGGUGCAGGAAAAGUUUCAUUAGAAAUUCCCAACUCAUGAGACACGAGACCAUGCACACAGGAGAGAAACCCUUUGAAUGUCCUAUCUGUGGGAAAAGCUUUAGUGAUAAUUCCAACCUGGUGACACACCAGAGGACUCACACAGGAGAGAAACCCUUUGAAUGUUCUGACUGUGGGAAAAGUUUUAAUUAUAAUUCCUACCUGGUAAGGCACCAGAGGACUCACACAGGAGAGAAACCCUUUGAAUGUCCUGACUGUGGGAAAAGCUUUAAUUAUAAUUCCGAUUUGCUGAUACACCAGAGGACUCACACAGGAGAGAAACUGUUUGAAUGUCCUAUCUGUGGGAAAGGUUUCAGUAAGAAUUCGUACCUGGUAAUACACCAGAGGACUCACACAGGAGAGAAACCAUUUGAAUGUUCUGAAUGUGGGAAAACUUUCAUUACGAAUUCCCACCUGGUAACACACCAGAGGACUCACACAGGAGAGAAACCCUUUGAAUGUCCUGACUGUGGGAAAAGUUUCAUUACGAAUUCCCACCUGGUGACACAUCAGAGAAUUCACACAGGAGAGAAACCCUUUGAAUGUCCUGAUUGUGGGAAAAGUUUCAGUCAUAAUUCCAGCCUGGUGAAUCACCAGAGAAUUCACACAGGAGAGAAACACUUUGAAUGUCCUGACUGUGGGAAACAUUUUAGUAAUAAAUCCAGCCUGGGGACACACCAGAGGACUCACACAGGAGAGAAACACUUUGAAUGUCCUGACAGUGGGAAAGGUUUCAGUCAGAAUUCCAGCCUGGUGACACACCAGAGAACUCACACAGGAGAGAAACCCUUUGAAUGUCCAGACUGUGGGAAACGUUUUAGUAAUAAUUCCAGCCUGGUGACACACCAGAGAACUCACACAGGAGAGAAACCCUUUGAAUGUCCAGACUGUGGGAAAUGUUUUAGUAUUAAUUCCAGCCUGGUAAGGCACCAAAGAACUCAUACAAGAGUGAAACCCUUUGAAUGUUCUGACUGUGGGAAAAGUUUCAGUCAGAAUUCCUACCUGGUAAGGCACCAGAUGACUCACACAAGAGAGAAACCCUUUGAAUGUCCUGACUGUGGGAAACAUUUUAGUAAUAAUUCCAGCCUGGUGACACACCAGAGGACUCACACAGCAGAGAAACCCUUUGAAUGUUCUGACUGUGGGAAAAGUUUCAGUCAGAAUUCCUACCUGGUAAGGCACCAGAGGACUCACACAGGAGAGAAACCCUUUGAAUGUCCCGACUGUGGGAAAAGCUUUAGUGAUAAUUCCAACCUGGUGACACACCAGAGGACUCACACAGCAGAGAAAGCCUUUGAAUGUCCUGACUGUGGGAAAAGUUUCAGUCAGAAUUCCUACCUGGUAAGGCACCAGAGGACUCACACAGGAGAGAAACCCUUUGAAUGCCCUUUCUGUGGGAAAGGUUUCAGUCAGAAUUCCAACCUGGUGACACAUCAGAGGACUCACACAGGAGAGAAACCCUUUGAAUGUCCUGACUGUGGGAAAGGUUUCAGUCAGAAUUCCAACCUGGUGACACACCAGAGGACUCACACAGGGGAGAAACCAUUUAAGUGCUCUGAGUGUGCAUGGUGCUUCAGUAAAUCUUCCAACCUUAUCGCACACAAGAAAAUGCACCUGGGGCCCAAAGUGAUGAGUGUAGAGAAGGCUUGAAUUUCAAUUCAAAUGUCCUAUUGUAAGUUCAGCUGAGAAAUUGAUUCUUUAAUUCGAGUAAAAAGAAUUUGUCUUUUUUUUCAUCAAAUAUGUCAUGCUAUUAGAUGUGAAGGAGGAAAGACCAAAGUGGAACAUGUUAAUGUUAAUUUGAUAAGGACUGUUUGGCCAUUAGCAGCAGAAGUUGCUGGAUAUUUAAUUUUCGCAAAAAUUGUAGAAAUCUGCAAACAUCUUCUUAGGAGCGUUCUUUCUAUUUUUAUCAUAACAAAUGAUUGAAAUGCCACAUGCUUAGGCCCCGUCUUCUCCCUGGGUGUCCUUGAUAUUUUCAGCCCCAGGAUUCCCAAGCCAGCAUCUUUUCAGGUUAAGAGCACUCAGGCUAUAGUUAGACAUUGUGACUACUCAUAUAAUGAGAAAACAAGAGGAGAAGAGAAAUACUGUGUUGUUCGGUGUAUAAGGCGCUCCGGCGUAUAAGACGCACCUUAAUUUUGGGGAGGGAAAAAAAUCUGUCUGUGCCUACCAGCAUCCAUCGGGAUUCAUCUGGCUAGGUCCUCAUAGUUCCUUAUGGGGAUGCUACCAUUCUGGCAAGGAGGGCCUGAAUGCCAUUUUAUGACCUUUUCCUGUUUCUGCUCUUUUCUUAACUUUGAUGUACUUUCCUGGGAAUGGGAGCGGGGAGGAAUUGCCUGUGGCCAUCUGUUUUGUCUCAGCUCCAGCAGAAGGAGCAAGCAGCGCCUGAGAACAACUUCUUACCACCUUCUCAACUCAGAGUUCGCAUAACAACUUUGCACCUGUGUAUUGGCUCCCCUUGGAUUGGGCAGAGGGGAGGGGUUUCUACAACUUUUUACCUAACGGUUCUGAGCAGAAACUUCAGAUCCUACCUUGCUCUACUUACUAUCACUGUCUUUCAAUAAAUUUCCUUUUGAAAUCCCUCUACCUACCAAAAUACAAAAAAAAAUAUUAAGAAGUAACUGGGUUUCUGAAACAAAGACCAUUUUGCAAGUUAAUCAUAUUUUAUUCAUUUUAAUAAAUAACAUCAAGCUAAUCUUUUGUCAACUCAAUAAUGAAUUAUGUGGUGUGUGAGUGGUCUGUUCUAGGGAGAGGGAAUAAUUGGAAUUGUGCUGGUCACAAACUAAAGUGGAAAUUAUAAUAAACUGACACGUGAUUGAGGUGCUUC